GCCAAGAGAAAAGGAACCAUCGAAGUUUGCGUAGGAAGGAGAUCGCGAGAAGACGAGGAGAAUGGAGGUUCCAGGUUCAUCGAAGAAGAUGAUCGCAACGCAAGAAGAGAUGGUCGCAGCUAGAGUCCCUCUCGGUUACAGAGACCAGUGCGCUCAUCUCCUGAUCCCGCUCAACAAAUGCCGCCAGGCCGAGUUUUUCCUUCCCUGGAAGUGCGAGGACGAGCGCCACGUGUACGAGAAGUGCGAGUACGAGCUCGUCAUGGAGAGGAUGCUCGCGAUGAAGAAGAUCCGCGAGGAGGAGGAAGCUAAGGCUAAACAAAGUAAAGUGCAAGGGAGUGGUGUUCCUUUGAUCCCUAAGACCGCUAAUGCUUAGGGAUUCUCUGCAACUGGGGAGAAGGUGGGGGCUCUGCUUUUCCAUAUUUUCUUCUUGUUAGUGAUGAAAAAUGUGUUGCUACAUUUUCAGAUGUGUAUGUUCAAGAUUCUCUCCCUUUUUUUAUUGAUUUUGGUAAGUCUGAACCAAAAGAAAAUAAGAUGGAAACUCAUCUUUUUGUUGGUUUUCUAUCUUUUAAGCUUUGAGAAAGAAAGAAAAUUGAACAUAUGAGAAAAAUAAAACUAUUCUCUUAUUUAAUGAGAAAAAUCCUCAGCAGGCC